ACCUAUACUAAAGAUAGUGCGCUAAAGGUAAUAAUAUAUAAGCGCUACUUAAAGAUCCUAGAGUAUCCCUAUUCUCUAUUACCUAGUAGAAAGGGCUAUUAUAGUAUAUUAAUAAUAUUAAAGUAUUUAAAGAUACUACUUAAUCGUUUAAAGGCUAUCCCUCUAAGCGGCCUUUCUCUGACUUUAAGAAAAGGGAUCCUAGCUUAUUCUAAUCUAGGAUAUAAGGACUUAGUGGAAUUCUACCUUCUUAAUACUUUGUUAUAUAAAGAGACUAUAUAG